AUGACCAGUAGAGAUAUUUCUGAAGAGACGGCUCAGCUCUCUGCUGACCUUCUCGACUGCGACAGAAACGAUUACGCCAAAGUAAAUGAGAUUAUCGACCGCAUUGCCGAGCUUGUUCCUAUUCAUAUUAAAACCAGCAACAAUCAAUAUCUAUAUGAAGAUGACUUUGCUGGAUCAAAUCAAAAGGAUUUGUACAAUGGUUCGGUCACAGUACAUGGGCUGUCGCAGCUUCAACGGACAUGCACGCCAUGGCUGGUGUCGCUGUUGAAUAAGCCACCACGACUUCCUGACAUGGUCAAGGAUAGCAAUGAGCUGGAUGUCUUUACUGAUCGUUUAUCUAGUAUUAUUUCACUUUUAUGCGGAAGAGCAGCUAUUGGAGAAUGUACCACUACCUGGAAUUUUCAAACUACAGGCAACUAUUCGAUUAUGGAAACCACUUUUACAGAAGCUGAGAUUGGAUUCCAGACAUGGGGCAGCGGUGUUUUAUUGGCCAAAAUGAUUGAUCAAAAGGUAAUCGACGUGGCUGGACAGAAUGUGCUUGAGCUUGGAUGUGGAACCGGUCUUUCAGGACUUGUUGCAGCCAGAUCUGGUGCAAAACUCGUCGUUCUCACAGACUACCAUCCAGUAGUUCUCAGCAAUGUCGAGCGCAACGUCGAGGCCAACAAUGUUGAAUCAAACGCCAAGGUGGUCAAAUUAGAUUGGCUGUCGAGUCUAUCAAAAGAAGCUCGUAAAGAGUUUGAAACUAGAACAACCAUUCACGGAGGAGAUGUUGAAACUCCUGAGCAAGUUAGUGUGUACGUACACGAAGACGAGGUUGAAAAUCCAAUUCUUACCAACACAGAUUUUAGAUUGGUGAUUGCUGCCGAUUGCAUUUUUGACAUCAUGCAUAGUAUAUUGGUCCCGAAAGUUGCAAAGCGGUAUCUUUCAAAACAUAUUGAUGCUCGUCUUCUUAUUUUGAUUCCGCAUCGUGAAAAGUUUAAAGCUGAAAUAGCUGCUUUUGAAGAAAAUAUGCUUGCUGAAGCAUGGAUUUUGGAGUUUAGCAAAUGGAUCGAAAAAUCGACAAUCAAUUUUAAAUACUAUAUCUAUAAGCUUGAUCAACAUAGCUCUAAUUGCUAAAAAUGAGCAUUAUGGGUUUUCAUGUAUUGCCUGUAAUGUUUUUGUUGGUUGAGCUAUUUCGAUAGUCUUUUAUAAACUAGGCAAUCCCACUAUAAAGGCAUUAUAUAUUACAGCUGUAUUCACGCGGUGUAACACUUCUGUGAUGUAUCUUGCACUGACUGCCUCUACUUUGAAAUAAAUAAUGGUUGAAUAAUCGUU